AUGGCUAAACGCAACAUCCUCCUCAUGAUCGCCGACGAUCUAGGCAAACAAUUGGGCUGCUAUGGAAACACCAAGAUUCAAACCCCAAACCUGGACCAGCUAGCAUCCGAGGGAACGAAGUUUGAUCAGGCGUUCACGUCAACUGCUUCCUGCAGCGCUAGUCGCUCCGUCGUCUAUACCGGCUUGCAUACUCACCAGAAUGGACAGUAUGGGCUACACAAUAACCGACACCACUUUACAACUUUCGACCAUGUCGAGACUGCACCUGCUCUCUUCUCAAAACACGGUUACUCGACUGGCUUAAUUGGCAAGCUCCACGUUGGCCCUUCCAGCGUUUACCCUUGGGAGAUGUGCGCAGAGAGUGACAGUCGCGAUGUGGCAUCUGUUGCCGAUCAAGCUUCGGCAUUCUUUGAAAAGUCAAGUGCGGACGAGAAGCCUUUCUUCUUGACAAUCGCUUUUAUCGAUCCCCAUCGGGACUGGACUCGUUCCGGGUUCGGGAAUGACGGCGAGUACGACUCCCGCGUGAAGAAGAUUGAUUACUCUCCCGAGGACGUCGAAGUCCCGCCGUUCGUCAACGACCUACCCGGUGUGCGCUAUGAAUUCGCGGAAUAUUAUAAGUCUAUCUCCCGGCUCGAUCAGGGCGUGGGUAUGGUGCUGGAGGGAUUGAAGAAAUCCGGUCUGGCAGAUGAUACGCUGGUUAUCUUCCUGAGUGACAAUGGGCCACCGUUCAUUAAUUCCAAGACAACACUGUACGACGCCGGUGUCAGUCUUCCUUUGAUUAUGAAAUGUCCUGGGUCACCUGCCGGCAUCACAAACCCCAACAUGGUUUCGUACAUCGAUAUUCUGCCCACUCUGCUCGAUUACGCGAAACAUCCUAGCCCCGAGCAUCCAGACCGCAUCGGUCGUUCGAUACUCCCCGUCCUCGCUGAAACAUCUUCGCUAGAGGACUGGGGCCAGGUCUUUGGAUCUCACACAUUCCACGAAGUCACCAACUACUGGCCCACGCGCAUGAUGCGCAACCGGAAAUACAAGUACCACCGCAACAUUGCUUGGAGACUCGAUUUCCCAUUCGCGGCUGAUAUUUAUGGGUCAUUGACAUGGGAGGAGAUCCGAAAUGUCGAUACCAGUCCUAAGAUGAUCGGGUCUAGACCCUUGAAGGAUUACUUCUUCCGUCCAGCCGAGGAGCUGUAUGAUAUCCAGGCUGAUCCGAAUGAGAUUCGUAACCUUGCUAAGGAUCCCGAAUAUCAGUCUAUUCUUGGAGAGAUGAGGGCUGCGUUAGAGAAGUGGCAGCGCAGGACGGAAGAUGCUUGGUUGUUCCGGGAUGGUGUUUCUUUGCUCUUCGUCAGACAUCAUCUCGAGGCUGGGUUCGAGGUGCCGGAUCGUUUCGACUUUGACGUUGAUGCGCCUGAAAGUAAGGGGAAGCCUAUUUUUAAUGGAGAUUUGCCUUGGGGUGUUGCGGCAAAGUGA